ACACACAAAAAAGAAAAAAGAAAAAUGGCGCUUGUAUCAACACCUAUUGCCGUUGCCAUAUUGAUGCUAAUAAUGAUUGUUCCAAGUAGGAGCUCCGACCCGGUUUGCCCUCCGGGUUACCCGACCCAUGAAACCCCAGUGACCCGACGAGACAAGGACUUGUUCAAGUUUUCAUUAAACAUGGAGUACUUGGAAGCUGAAUUUUUCCUCUGGGGCGCCUUCGGCUACGGCCUCGAUCGCGCCGCGCCGGCGCUCGUCAACGGCGGCCCUCCGCCCGCCGCCGCGCAGAAAGCCAAUCUCGAUUCCCUUACCGAGCACAUGAUCGGAGAAUUCGGCCUGCAAGAAAUAGGCCACAUCAGGUCAAUCGUGAGGACGGCGGGCGGAUUUCCUCGGCCGCUGAUGGAUCUUAGCGCCGACAACUUCGCGAAGCUUCUCGACGGAGCCUUUGGUUGCAAAAUGGAGCCGCCGUUCGACCCUUACCGCGACCCCCUCAGCUACAUGAUCGGCGCUUACGCGUUGCCCUACCUAGGGCUGGUGGGCUACGUCGCCGCCAACCCUUUCCUCGUCGGUGAUAUCUCCAAAGCCCUUUUGGCGCGGCUGUUGGGGGUGGAGGCGGGGCAGGACGCGGUGAUAAGGGAGUAUCUGUACGAGCGGGCGGCGGAGGUGGUGCGGCCUUACAAUCACACGGUGGCGGAGUUCACUGCGCGGAUUUCUGAGGUGAAUAACAGAUUGGCUAAGUGUGGGGUGAAAGAUGAAGGGAUCAUUGUGCCGCGGUAUCUCGGGGCGGAGAACCGGACGGAGAGCAACGUGCUGUCGGCCGACGCCAACUCUCUCUCCUACAGCAGGACUCCGCCGGAGCUAUUGAGGAUUCUGUACGGCACCGGAGACGAGCACGUUCCCGGUGGGUUCUUCCCGGAGGGAGCCAACGGGAAGAUAGCCAGAGACUUCCUUUCAUGAAUUCCUAUCAUUUCUAUACCAUAUUCUAUUGUGUCUAAGGUGAUCGUCAAUAAAUAAAAUAGUAAAAACCUACCAAAUUUUACUUGUGACAUUUACAUUAUAAGAUUUUAUAUGUAUAAAGAAUAAUUAUGAAUUUUCACUUAACCGAUCAUCUAUCCAUCUAAUGGGCAAGUAUAGCGUGCAUGCCCACCACCAUCUACCCAUCGUGGGUAAGCAUAAUGUGCAUGCCCACUACUAAUAUGACAAUUUUAAUUGAAGUAAGUUAUGUUA